UGCGGGUUGAUAUGUGAUAUUAAAUUGAGAUAUUCGGAUAUUUCCGUUAAAAGACGCCACAAUUGCCUCGUUCUCGUGCAACGCCGGCUACCACGUGACAGUGAAGAGAUUAUCUUUACAACUAUCAUGGCUUCCGAGCAAGUUGAAGAGCGAGAGGAAAACCGGCAGAGUCCAGACCCUGAGUCAGGUGAAGAGAAUUCUGAAUCAUGUGACACUGUUUCUCCUGAUGCCCUUAUCAAGCACCCAUUGCAAUUCAAAUGGGCUUUAUGGUUUUACAAAAAUGAUAAAACUAAAAAUUGGGUUUCCAACUUGAAAUUAGUGACAACAUUUGAUACUGUCGAAGACUUCUGGUCGUUAUAUAACCAUGUUCAGAGAGCUAGCAAGAUCCCAUAUGGCUGUGAUUAUUCUAUGUUCAAGGAUGGUAUCCAGCCAAUGUGGGAAGAUGAGCAGAACCAACGAGGUGGUAGAUGGGUUAUUAAUCUUAACAGGCAACAGAGACCUUCAGAAUUGGAUCAUUUAUGGCAGGAAACGUUACUGUGUCUGAUUGGUGAGGCUUUUGAUGAAAUGAGCUACAUUGUAUGUGGGGCUGUUGUUAGUGUCCGUGCCAAAGGUAACAAAUUGGGGCUGUGGACAAGAGAUGCAGGCAAUGGUGAUGCAAAUAUUAAAAUUGGACAGAAAUUGAAAGAGAGACUUCAUAUACCACAAAAAAUUUCUAUAGGAUACCAGGUGCAUGAAGACACAUCGAAAAAAUCUGGAUCUACAGCUCGUGACCGUUACACUUUAUAGAAAACCAUUGGUGUGUCACAAGUUCUGGUGGCCAGGAUUGGGACACACAGCCCUACACACACACAUACACACAUUCACGCCAGUCUUGCAACACUGGUGUUGCUUGGUGUGAAAUGAAUUCUUUGACACAAGAAAAUGAAGGGAGUUUUCUUCCCUUUACCUGAUCCCACUCCCAAUUCAAAAAUACAAAACAAAAAACACUUUUUUUUAAGGAAAAGUUAUUGGCUUUAAACUAUGAAAGGUUUGAUGAAUGAAAGUUGAUGUCAGAUCUGAUUUUGCAGUGUAAGAAGAAAGCUACUUGAUUCAGCAUACAUACACUUCAACCUACAAGAAAUACUGUUAAACAUUCGCCAUUGUUGGCCUGAAAAGGAUUUAAUGCCUGCUUUCUUUGAUAAUAAAUGGAAGCAAAAAAACUAUUUUGUUGACUCUUAUUCCAUUUUUGAUACUGCAUGCUCCUUUCUAUAAAACAAAUGUAAUUUGAUCCAUGCAUAGCUUUCCUUUAGCAAUUAUCUGGAGAGAUGAUAUAACGAAGGCUGCUGGUGUCUUGUAUUUUUUGCUUUUUUUUUUUUUUUUUGGUUGUAAUUUUUUCAGUUUGAAAAAAAAAAUGUAAUUGCUCACAAUUGACUUAACCCAUAA